AUGAGUGAGCGCCUUGAAAAGAUCAUUCCUAUGCUUAGGAGGAACGAUCCGAUUAUCAACUCGAUAAAUUUAGUUAAUGUCCGAAUGGAUGAUAUUAUUGCUGAUAAGUUAAUCGAUGCUUUAAACGCUAAUAGUUUCAUUGCAAAAAUUUCUCUACAAAAAAAUCAAAUUUCCAAACGUAUUUGCAUGAGGAUAUUCGACUUACUUAAAGCGCAUCCAAAACUCACGCAUUUAGAAAUUAUUGAUAAUGAUGUUGAUGAUGAAUCGAUUGAACACCUUUCAAAUGUCUUAAUUUCCUUACCACCAAAUAGAGAUAGCAUUAUGCUAAUUCUUCGUAAAAAUAGUUUUGAUAUUAGGGGCGCACGAGCGCUUGCAAGAGCGAUUGAAAAAAAUGCUCCUGUUGUAUGGCUAGAUUUACGAGGGAAUGAUCAUAUAGGAGAUGCUGGUGUCAAAGCAAUUGCUUUUGCUCUCACGAAAAAUCGUACACUUAGUGGGUUGGAUUUAAUCAACUGUAAAUGCGGAGAAGAAGGUGCUGCUGAGCUUUCCGACGCAUUGCUUAAUAAUACAACGUUAACAACAUUACUUUUACAAGAUCGUUUUGAAGCAAAAGUUAUUUACUCACUAGGAAGCAUGCUUUCGGAUGCUAACUGUCGUCUUCAAGCUUUAUAUUUAUGGAGCUGCAAUAUUACUACAGAUUUACUACAAAAAUUAUGCGAAUCAUUAAAAAAUAACCGCUGUUUAACAACACUCGCUCUUUCAUACAACAAACUCAAUGAUGAUGCCGCCUAUUACAUUUCCAGAAUGAUUUUAGAGAACAGAUCCAUUACGAAACUCCAUCUUGGAGCGAAUAAAUUUACACGCAGCGCCUCAAGCUAUUUCAGCAUUUGCUUAAACAAAAAUACCACACUACAAUACCUAGACAUCUCUAGGAACGUUAUUGCAAGCGAAGGCCUUUGGCCAUUGUCAGUUGCAUUAAGCGGAAACAAAGAAUUAAAAUUUUUAGACUUACGACACAAUUCCAUUGACUUCCGUGGAGCCGCAAUGUUCAGUGAUCUCUUUGAGCAGAAUGAAAGCAUUAUGACUCUCAGAUUAAGUGGAAAUAAAUUUGGAGAUCCAUCUAUCGCUUUAAUGGCUUCAAAACUGAAAAUGAAUAAGUCAAUCAAGGUUUUGGAACUAAUGGAUGUCGAUAUGACCAAGAAAGGAUUCACAGCCAUAUGCCACGCCCUCAAAGAAAAUAAAACUCUUCAGAAAUUGACGGUUUCUCAGAAUAAUUUAAAUUCUGAGGCCAUGAAAAGUUUGUGUGAACUUUUGAAAGUGAACACAACAUUGAAUUCGAUUUCUAUGAGUGGAUGCGGUAUUGAUGAUCAGGGAUGUGCUUACAUUGCAGAAGGAAUUGGUUCUAACGCGUCUUUAUCUUAUUUAGAUAUAUCUAUGAAUAAUUUUACUGUUAAUGGAAUGAAUAAGAUUCUCAAUGCUUUGCUAGGUAACUUCUCAUUGCUCAAAAUUGAUUAUAAUAACAAUACAAAUAAUGAUCAAAAUUUGGGCGAUAAAAUUGCGGAUUAUUUGGAGAGAAACAAUUAUUAUCAGCAUAAUGAGCUAAUGAAAGACUUGGCAAUGCUCGCGACUGAUGAAUCCUUCUUGUAA